AUGACUGAUCUACGUGGUGUUUUCCGGCGAGGAUGCAGGAGGAUGCCAGCGGUGCGCCAUGAGCACUGUGAGCGCUGUUUCGACGCCCACUGCCAGGUUCCUCCGUGGAUCUCCAUCGGCUGCUUGAUGGUCAAGUGUCCCAACAACUGCGGCGCCGCUCUCCACGCCUGCAAGGAAGAGGAGCACCUCCUUCUGUGCCCCAACGAGACGGUGACCUGCCUCAACGCCGGCUACGGCUGCCCGCUCGCCAUGCCGCGCCACAGGCGGGCCCAGCACUUGGAAGUGUGUCCUGCCAGCGUGGUCAGUUGCUCUCAGGAGUGGAACCGCUGGCCUGUUCCCGACACAGACUCCAGCUUCUACAGGAACGUGGCGGAACAAAGCCAUCCCCAUCUUGAUGUUGCUUUGGCUCUGAGGGAUCAAGAGCUGCUGUUUGAGUCCAUCAAGAUGAAGAACAUCUUCCCUGAAUUUACAGAAGAUGACACUCACCUUUCAGAUGUUGGCGUCUUUGAGGAUGAGUGUGAAGCUUCCCCUUGUUUAGACUCUGAAGGUCCACAAAAUGUUUGCACACUGAUGCGACAAGACGAAGUCAAGGACAGGGAGCGGGAAACCCUGGCCAAAAGCAAAGAUGUGGACAGCCUGGAGAACUACAUCUCCUGGGAGAGGAUCUUCAAGAAGGAAAUGAACGGCUGUGACCAGACCACCACAAAUGUCAGACGUGAGGAGAUCGAGAAGAGAGAAAGCUCUGCUUCUCCCAGCAUGACCGGGGCAACUGGCCUGGCACCGUGGCAGGAUGGGGUCCUGGAGCGGUUGGGCAAGGAGGCCAACAUAGCCGAGUAUAACAUGUAUUUGGUGCACAACGGCGCCAUGCUCAUCAACUUCGGCCAACUUGCUGCCUGCACGCCGAGGGAGAAGGAUUUCGUCUACGGCAACCUGGAACCCAUCGAGGUGAAGACUAUUCGCUCCUUCAAAGUUCCUACCAGCUAUCGAGCCAAGCGCUGCCACCUGAAGGACCCGAGUCGCAAAACCCAGGUCUCGCACCAAUGUGUGGACACGGCAGAUCUGGGCCUCUGCCUUGAGGACCUCCCAAAGAGCGACGAGGUCAGGUCCACACUGCUGUGCUGCCUGGAGAAAGAACUCAAAGGUCAUUCCAUCUCUGAAAGCGCCAGCACUGACGCUCUGUACGUUGACAUAGGGACACAAACGUAUAUCUUCAGUUUGGCUCCUUUCAAAGCCGAGGCCUCGCUUGGAGAUCUUAUAGCGGGAAAACCUCACUGUCUGUAUCUCCAAACAGAAACCGAAUCUGUCACCAGGAGACACAACAAGACCAGCUCAGCUUUCAGCUACAAGUGCGGUCUCUUCUUCCGCCGGGAUGAAUACCGCUCCCACUUCAGGAACAUGCACUCUGACAUCCAGGCCGGUCUGGAUGGAUGGUUCCAGCAACGGUGCCCCCUGGCGUACCUCGGCUGUACUUUUGCCCAGACCAGGCUUCACCCCGCCGGUCAACAAGCGGAAGUCAAAUAUCACCAUGGGGCCAACAAGGUAGUCAUCCAGCCAGAUGUCCCAUCAGGACUGCUUGAAGUUGUCAAAACCUCACGCCACCCCGACCCCCUCAGCCGCCUGCCCCUGGAGAUCCUGCAGCACAUCGCCAGACACCUCGACACUUUCACUCUGUCGCAGCUGUCUCAGGUUUCACGUCUCAUGAGGGAGGUGUGCGCCACCCUGCUGCAGACCCGAGGGAUGGUUUCUCUCAAGUGGGAAAAGAAGACUUAUUCCCAUGGGGGCAGCGCUUGGAAGAGUCGGAAAAAAGUUUGGGAGUUCAGCUCGCUCUUUGCCCCCGUGGAGCGAUGGAGCUUCAGCGACACACCCUCCAUGGCGGAGCAUCUCCACAUGUGCUGCUUCUACCAACGGGACGCACGCACCCAGCCUGUGGCUCUAAGGGGCCUAUCAGAGAGGCAGGAACGAGCCCCUAGUGGAGCCGUAGCUCUAUUGCAAAGAGGACAGGUGUCAGGAGUGGUGCUAGCAACUGCUGAGAAGCCGAAGAUGAAGAAGUGGAGCUUGACCGAAACUGAUGUGGAAAUCUGA